AUGUGUUGUUAUUACAUCCAAGUCUUGGAGAAAAUAUUAGCAGAGAGACGUUUGCUUCUAUUAUGUGCUUUUUUACAAACAGUGAACUUCAUACAGUGUGAUGAGCAAGAGUACAGAUUAACCAGAUAUCUUAUGUCUAAUUAUGAUCCUGCAGUCAGACCUGCAUUCAAUGCCUCGCAACCUCUUCGAGUGGCUUUUGACAUGGCCUUGUAUCAAAUAAUAGACGUAGAUGAAAAGAAUCAGAUUUUAGUGACAAAUGGGUGGCUAACUCAGAAAUGGACAGAUAUUCACUUGAAGUGGAAUGCGUCAGAUUUCGGUGGCAUAUCUGUUAUCCGACUUCCAGCUGCCCAUGUGUGGAGACCAGAUAUUGUACUCUACAAUAAUGCUGAUUCAUUGUACAGCAUGGCUAUUAUGAACACAAACGUUAUUGUUCAGGCGACUGGGGAUGUUUUGUGGCCUUCAGCUGGAAUUUUCAAAAGUACCUGUGGUAUGGAUGUCGAAUAUUUUCCUUUCGAUGUUCAGACUUGUAACAUGAAAUUUGCAUCUUGGGCUUAUGAUGGAUCUAAAUUGGAUUUGACCCGUGUCAAAGAUUAUGGUGAUUUUACUCAUUACCAGCCAAAUGGAGAAUUUGACUUAGACGAAUUUUCUUCUCAAGUCAACAGCGAGAGAUAUUCUUGCUGCGAUGAAAAUUACCCAGACAUUACUUACGUCAUCAAAAUUCGACGCCGGCCAAUGCUUCACAUUUUCAAUCUCAUAUUGCCUUGUGUUCUCAUCAAUGGCAUUUCUUUAUUAGCAUUUUGUGUUCCUUCAGACUCCGGAGAAAAAGUGACUCUUGGUAUCAAUACUUUAUUAUCCCUUUCGAUCUUUCUCGUGCUGGUAAAAGACAACCUGCCACCGACACAGCAGACGCCUCUUAUUAGUCUGUAUUAUGGAAUAACAGUAUGUCUUGUAGCUUUUGCAACUGCAUUUUCUAUUCUUACCUUGAACGUCCAUUACAAGGGAAAUCGUGGAACAGAAAUACCUCAGUCCAUGCGACGCUUCAUUCUUGGUUUCUUAGCUAAAGUAGUGUUUGUCAGCUGCAGGUGGAAGAGCGAAAAACGAAAAGAUGAACCACCGCAUAUGUUAGACCCUUUCUCUGAUGAUUCCUCUUCCAAGGACGAAAAAAUUGCCAUGGACCAUAUUGAAAGGUAUUCAUUCUCGCCACGUCUUCGACACCGAAAAGAAACGGACAGUGGAGGAAGCGAUGUGACAAGUGAGGAGUUUGAAAGGCACUUUCUUCGCGUCCUUAAUAAAGUUUAUGAGACUAUUGAACGUCAAGAAGCACGGUUAGUCGACCAAGAGCGAAAGGACAAUAUCCGCUCCGAAUGGCAGCAAGUGGCUGUUAUAUGCGAUAGAUUCUUAAUCGGUUUGUUUUUACUUAUUAACACUUUUGCUACCUUUUUUAUUCUGUUUCCCUCUCCAUGAACUUUAGCUGGGAAAUUGUUUAAUUUUUCUGAAGAAUUACAAAAUUACAUGAUUAGACAGGAAGUCUAAAGCUCUAUAUUGUGCACAUUGGUGGUAUACUAUGUUCAUGCAUCUUUUUCAUCAAAAACUCGAUAUGAUAUAUGGCAGCAGAACUUAUAAAUCUUAAGUAAGACGAUCCUAAAUAAGUGUGUUUCCUCUGCAUAUCUGUGUGUAUAUAUAUAUACAUCUGCAUGUAUAUAGAUAUAUAGAUAUAAUGUAGUAUAUAUAUAUAUACAUACAUAUAUAUCCAACUUUUCCUCAUAGAAAUAUUGUUUUAUUUUACAUUCUUGCAUAUUACUUUGUUUCUGAUUGAUCAAGGUGCAAAUAUUAAUAAGAGCUUUCGUUUCUUUGCACAUUGUAACGCAUGCCAGUAUGCAUUGUUUAUUAGCAUGUACGAAUCAUAGACUUCUUUUGAAUUUGUGGAUGAGGCUUGUAAUUUGUAUAUCAUCGUUUUAGUAUACUAGUAAGCUCUAUUAAACUUUCACGGGCCUUUUGGUUUUUGAUGCAAGUUUGAGUGUGUUUUCACGUGGAAGAUUAAAGUUGCUCAAUGUCCAAUCGAUUCCAUUCAAGAAUUUUCCACUUUUAUAGAAAGUUACUCAUGUUUAAUAUUCUAGUAAAACAAUUCAUCUUCUUAUUCGAAAUUACUCUGUUCUACACAAGAACAUAAUUCAUAAUUUCAUUAAUUGAUUCUUCAUUUUUUAUUAGAUAAUGCAAUUUUAAAAUUUUAAAUUUAGUAUAAACUUUCAAAAGUUAUUUCAAAUUUAGCUAAUCAAAUGCAAUAUGCUAUUUAGGGCUUCAUCUACUAUAAUUUAACUAACAACUUGUUUCAGAGCAGUCACUGGUUGAUGUUUGCUCCAGAUAUAUUUUCUUGUUUACUUUUAUACAAGAUCAACACUGUUUUUAAAAGGCUUUCCUUCAUCUGGAAGUUGAUUAAAAUAUAUUUUUAAGGGAUAGUUAAUUUGAUAAAUAACAUUUUCUAUACAAACAACUAACUAGAAUGUAGGAAAAUAUGUGAGUACCUUUCUGCUCAAAUUCCCUAAAGAAUGUAGAUCGCGAAUGUCUGUAGUAUCCCUUUUUUCUUUAUUCAUGUAUCAUUCCAGAUGUAUCUUUUUACAAUUAGUAAGCAUAUGGGAUAAUCCUUUGGAUUCACUUUGUAAAGUAGAAUAGUCUAGAUUAACUUUAAUAAUCCUGUUCAUAUUUUUGUGGGCUCCUCAAGAAUGUAACCUUACACCACAGGUGUAAAGUUUUAAUUAGUUACUUUCCCAUAAUUAAGGGUUUUCAUACAAUAUUCCUCCGUUUCAUUAAACCUGAAGUUUCGCGUGUGAUAUAAGCGUAAUUAUUAUACUAUAAGAAAUAAUAAACUUUAGUUUUCAUUAAACAUAUAUGUACAUAAAAAAAGUCUGAAUUAAACUCAGGUUUUCGUCAUGCAGAUGCAGUAACUGCGUUGUAUGCUAUGUGCAGCUAUGUUUUAAAAGCUCCAUUACACGGAAUAAGUAGCUCAAAAGUAUUUUGAAAAAGAGCCAUUCUAACACUCAAACUAAUUUCUGAAUUUUUGUCUUUAGCAAUUUUUUAAUAUCUAAUGGCAGAGGCAAAUAAAAGUUAUUGAGAAUAAAAAAAAAUCUCAAAUUACCUGAAGCCAUUGGCUUAAUGUCAAUUUUCGUUUAACAUUCCUUUCCGAAAAGAGCAAGAAAUACAGUAUUCCUCCGAUUUACGUAAUACGCAUGUGCAAAGUCGUUAACAUCCAAACUGAAACUAACUAGAAACAAAGACACUACUUCUGACCCGUAUUUCUUGCAUUCAGAUAAUAUUCAUUUAGUCACUUAUUUAUUGCUAUUAGUGUUCGCUGUUUAUUUACUCUUAAAAUUGAUUCAAAACACAAAACCAUAAAUCUAAAAUUAAAGGUCUACAACUGCUGCAGAAGAAAAAUCGAAAAUUUUUCAUAUAAAUGAAGAUGAAAGCGUUAUAUCAGUAACAGCUCUAAAUAUAAAUCGACUUAUUUCUCUAGCGAAUUCGAAAGUAAUUCAUAAAGUUUGUAUCUUUGAAAGCAUGAAAAAUGCGGUACCACUGAAGUACAAACAUUACCAACGCAAGUAGCUGAGCCCGAUUUCAGAAAUGGAGAAAUUGCUGUGUUAUUGGAUUGAAGAUCUGAUUAUUCUCCCACUUACUGGCAUGCCUUCGUGGUGUAACAGUAGCAUGCUCGGCCGGUAUUCCAGAAGUCCGUGAUUCUCGGCGAAGGUGAUUGGAUAUUUUUCAUCUUUUCUGCCU